CUUGACGUAUGAGCAUGUUUUCUUGACAUACAUGCUCAUACGACAUGGAACAAGUCAGUUCCAAUAAAAAGGUAAUCAACUUUAUUGGUUAACUAGAAACGAACCAUAUUUCACACUACACGUUUCACUAAAGCUACUGCUAUAUACAUAUUCGGUUUUGUUUGUUUUAAACAUGCACGUAUCCUUGGUUUCAUCGGAGCAUAAUUUAUUCACAGCAAUUAGUUCUCAUGAUCAAUACAGAAGCUUUGCUUGACAUUAUCACUGUGUGUGUUGGGUGAGGGGGAUAAAAGAUAAAUAUAUUUGUUGUUUAUUACGAAUGCUUAGCUAAUUUUGUGAAACACGCAUUCAUAAAAAACAAAUAAAUUACAAGACCAUGUGUCACUUGUGAUGAGGUUGCAUUCACAAAAAGAACAUAGUACCGCUGUCGUGUCACUAGCUCAAAGAGAUUGGUAGGAUCGAGAAGGAAUAAAGAGUGUUAAAAUAGUAUAGUUUACACUGCUUUAUACCAUAUCCAAGUAAUAAUAUAAUUAUAACCUUUAAGUAUACUGGGCUUAAGCAGAAUGAAGCCUGCUGUAGCAUUUCUGUUUGCCGUUACAAGCCUUGUGUUAGGAGUUAAUGUGAGAGCUUGCUGCAAUGAUGGCUGGAUACCCUAUCAAGGUCAUUGUUACCACAUUGGUUAUGGGACGUUUCUUACAUUUUCUGAGGCACGGACGUACUGUGACGAUCGUGGUGCUUACCUUGUACGAUUUGACAACAUAGUUGAAAACAAUUUCUUGGCAGACAUUUUAAGGAAAACUAAAGCUGAACAUACGUGGAUGGGAUUGACCGACCAACAUCAUGAAGGAAUCUGGAAAUGGUUUGACACAAACGAGCAUGCUACAUUCUCUGACUGGGGAGCUGGGGAGCCCAACAAUUAUAAUAACGCUGAAGAUUGUGUACACUUCGAUGUCAGUUCCAACUACAAGUGGAACGAUGUGUCAUGCGGCAGUAAAAUGUUACCAUUGUGCAAAAUUGAAUUACAAUAAAUCGCAACAUUUAUUAUCAAAUUAAUAAUGAUAUUUGUAUUGUUAUUAUUUUAAGUUUAUAUUAAAGUUCUGACAAGUUUAUGACUCACAACAGCAUGUAUCGAAUGCCGUGUUGUCCCGUAUUGCACUUUAAACUUGAUUGUAGCCCAUAUUUAGUGUGAUUUUUAAGACAUACCACAUGCUUAAUGUUCAACCCUUUUACAGUUGAACGUUAGGCUUUCCUCUUUUGAUUAAAUCUGACGGACCAAGUGGGAGACUCUAUGAUGAACAGUUCUUAAUUUCAUUAAUGUUCGUGUUCUGCCUAGCUUCGUCGGACCCUUAUAGGUGAUUUUCUUGUUGCUCUGUCUUCCUGUAAGACAUUAAGUACUUUUGUUAUGAUCAUUGUUUCUAUAUGAUAAUUUUGGUGUUAAACUUAUUUUUGGUGCACCAUUAACUGCUUUAAACUCCCCAGCAGUACUUGUGCUGCUAACCGUUCCAAGGUCAGCAAUGAAUGUGAAAUAAUUUGUCAUAACAGAAGCGAAGUACUUUCAUCAAAUAUACAAAAUAGCUUUUAAACAAAGUAAGAAUAAUUAGAAUUUGCUUACAGUUACAGUAACAGCCAAAGUAUUAUCCCUUUUAAAACAAUGUUUCC